UUUAAAUAACCUUGUCAUAACAACUUGCAAACAAAACAAAUCAAAAUGGCUCAGGCUGCUUCUAAAACGUGUGAGAUAUGUGUUUCUGGACCUGGACAUAAUUACUGUGAACAGUGUAACCAGUUGUUUUGUGAUGGAUGUAAAAUAUCUCAUUUACGGACGAAUAUGAGCAAAAGCCAUACAUUUCUAAGUGGUCCAAAUAUCAACCCGGAAGUUAAACUAUAUUGUAAAGAACAUGAUGAAAACUUCAUAUAUUAUUGCAUGGAAUGUAAUACACCAAUAUGUAAAAUAUGUGUGAUUAAAAAACACAAAUCACAUGAUUUUGCAGAAAUCAGGGAAUCAACUGAAGGGAUCAAAGCUGAGGUCAAAAUGGCGAUUGAAAUGAAGAUGAAAAACCUGCAGUCAAAGAUAGCAGAUAUUGACCAAGGGUCAAAUCAAUAUCAAGCUGAUGUACAGAAAGUUAUCCAGUCCAUUAGAGAAGAAGGCAAAAGAUUAAAAGAAAUGAUUGAUCAGAAAGUCGAGGGUCUUAUAAAUACGGUAAAAGAGAAAGACACAAGGAAUGUUCAAACCUUACAGUCUGUUAGAAAUGAGUUAAAAGCAGCGUUGGAUAAGGCAAAGGAGCAGCAGAAGUUUUAUCAAGACACCCAGGGUAUAAAAGAUACUUCAAAAUUGUUACAAAAGCUAAAACAAAUGAAAUCACAAAUCGAUCAAAUACAAGAAAUACAGAUUCCUAUUAUGCCAUCAGUCAAAUAUGCCAUAAAGACAGUAGCAGAGGGGGAAAUAGGGAAACUGUUCGGGGAACUAACAUUUGGAGAAAUUGUCAAAAAAGAAGAAAACCCGAAACCUCAGAAGAACGUCAGUGUAACACCAACAGCUAAACAAUACAGAUACAGAUGCUUAGGAUGCAAGACAGAAAUAACUUCUGAAAAAUCACCUGAUCUAAAAUCACCUUAUCAGUAA